AUGUCACGUUGCAAAGAUGGUCCAGGACAGGACUUCGAGCAGGGACACAGCCCUAAGCAGCUGUUUCAAAAAGGGAGGCGAGAUAGUGUAUUAGCGGAGCCGCGAGCAAAAAGGUUGAAAGCAUCGUCAGAGACAGGGCAGCAGGAGAUCAAGGUUCAGCUUUCCGAUAAUCGGGAGGCAGAAGAAGGGGCAGGAGCAAGCUCUGUUAGGCCCGGGGUCUAUUCGAAGCAGGGAGCACCUCCGUCUGUGAACGCUCAGGCACCGGAAGAUGACAGUGGGCCUGGGUCUCCGUUUGAUUCCGUGAUCUGGCCGCCUACUGUCGUUGUCCAUAAUCUGCGCACUGGAGUUCUCGAUGGAAAGUGGACCGGGGUCGCUGAAGAAAGCCUCCAGAAGACACUUGGCUACCGAUGGCACUUCCAGAACGUGUAUAGCAAUCCACGAAAAGACGGCCACAUGGGCGCUGCCGUCCUCGUCAUCAAAGGAAACCGCGAAGGCAUCAGCGCUGCCAAAGGAAUGGACGCUCACUUCAAAGCAAUGGGACAAGGCCGAAGAGAAUGGGGACGGGUUUUGAUUAAGAGCGGACUCCCAAUCAGUUCUCGGAACGUAGAGAAAGAGCUCAGCGCGUGGCUGCAGCACGUGCAAGGCCUUGUCGAGGAGAAUGGAAGUCGGCGGCUGUUCUGUUAUCUUGCUACUAGGGAAAACGACCUCCGAGACCGGGGUCUCUACCGACAGUUUCCGCGCGGUCGCAAACGUUCACGGAGGUGGGUAGCUAUAAGCGUCAAAGAGGCGGAACGAAGAUGCGGCGAGUCGGAAGCCGCAACUACAAGGAAAGCCUCGAAGCAUCUUCUUCCUGAAGUGGUGACCGCCGGAACAAGCCAGAAGGAAGUGAACCGCAAAGCAACGGCUGUCGAGCAGAUUGAAGAACAAGAGCGGCGCCUCCAGGAAAUGCAAGGAGCGUCCGAGAAGGACGAGUUUCUCGAGCAACUCAGGUGCUUGAAGGCGCUACACUCUGAAGAACUAGCGGAGACUUGGAAUAGGGCGGUAAAAGAGUCGAAGACGACAGACAAUGCUGAGACGGAGAAUCUUUUGAGGAGGCUGCAACAAAAGGAGGCGAGAUUCCUAAAGUACCAGGAUGAUCAGCACUCCCUCAAUAAGGACUUGACUACGAAGUUGGAAGCAUACAAAGUCAUACUCGAAGAAAAAACGAAAGACAUGGCCGCCUUGAAGGAAGAGGUGCGGGCCCUGGAGACCCAGCUUGCGUUGGCCAAAAAAGAGAAGACGAGAUUGUCAAGGUCCACGAGCCUAGCGGAUGUGACAUAUGCUUCGAGCAAUGGAGCGAGACGACACGGAGAGCUUCUUUCGGUUGUGGUCACGCCAAGGCUUGCCUUAGUUGUGCAAACGAUUACCUAG